CAUCGUACAGUGCUGAAGGAGUACCAAUUUGGCUCUAAAGGAAUUUUCAUUUAUAAACCGCUGAUACUGCCGUCAAGUCUUAUUCUUUAUAAACUAUUCUGUAACGUGUAACUACACACAGGGCUACAGAUCGACAGCAGUUACACCGAAACCGGUUGGACUAGAGGAGAGGACAACUGCGAGAAGAACAGACCGCUCGUCUGCCGAAAGUGUGAUUCUGAGCAUUGUGCGCGGGACAGCCGCAAGGCCCACCUCGGAUAUCUUUUGAAUUAGGACCGUCAUUUUCAAGUUUGACAAUGAAGUCGUUGGUUUUACUAUUUGUUGUGGCUUUUGCAGUGGGGGCAUACGCUCAAUGUUCUUGCGACACUAUGAAGUGGGCAACGUGCGACGGAACCCCAUGUGAAUGUUUCCUUAUGGUUGGAAAUGGCGAAAGACAAGUUCUGAACUGCACCACACUGAUCCCCAAGUGUUUCCUGAUGAAGGCAGAGAUGUACCGUGCCAGGAAGGGCCUGUCCACCCGCUCGAUUGGUGGGAAGCCAACGGAGACCGCCUUUGUGGACAACGAUGGGAUCUAUGACCCAGAAUGCGAGUCUAAUGGGGUGUUCAAGGCCAAGCAGUGCAAUAACACAGAGGAGUGCUGGUGCGUCAACAGCGCUGGGGUGCGUCGUACGGACAAGGGGGACAAGGACCUCAAGUGCGAAGAGCUGGUGGAGACUCAUUGGCUGCGUUUGGAACUGAAGCACAAGGAGACUACAGAUGCUGUGGAUCCUGACAAACUGAAGGCUGCCAUUGCCACUGCUAUUGAGGCCCGCUACCAGCUGGACAAGAAGUUUGUUGACAGUAUUCAGUACGACAAAGAUGCUCGUCUUAUUGUGGUGGAUGUGAAGAAGAGUGUUGGUGACCGGAAGGCAGACCUGUCCCGUAUGGCCUACUACAUGGAGAAGGAUAUCAAGGUUCUACCACUCUUCAAAGACACUACGAAAUUUGAGCCCAAUGUUGGCGGCCAGAAGCUGGACCUUGAGAACAUUCUGGUCUACUACGUGGAUGAGAAGGCCCCCACCUUCACCAUGAAGAGACUGACUGGUGGCGUGAUUGCAGUCAUCGUUGUGGUCGUCCUUGCAGUCAUUGCAGGGCUGGUGGUUCUGUUCCUGGCCAGGAGGAGGGAGCGUGCCAAGUAUGAGAAGACUCAGGUCCGAGAGCUGGAUGAGAUUCAGCAGGCUCUCUCGUGAUUCCUGAUGCCGUGAAACUGAAGGAAAGUCCAUUGCCUGUUGGAGCACUGAAGGAAGAACCCUUGUUCAGGAGUUCGCACACCCUGUCACUCAUUCAUAAAGCUGGCUGCACCAUUGUGUGUGGAGAAGAAAUUUCCUUUUUAUGGGAGGGCAACACCAAGAACAGUUUCCCUCUUGGCUAACAUGUACUUUUCUAGUGUACUGUGGCAUUCCAAAAGCUAAUUUAUAUUCUGAAGAUUUUUUCUUUUUCUUGAAGUGGUUUGUAAUAUGCUGCACUAGUUUAAAAAGCCAGAUUGUACUGAUGUCAGUUUUAGGCAUUUGACAUUGAGUCAAUUUUAAAUGUUUUUUUUUUUUGAGUGAAGUUUUGGGAGAGUGGUGUCUAAACUUUCUUGUUUUUGGUAUUUGUUUUAAAUGGUUUGUAAUAAAAAUGUCAAAUUUA